UUUCCGUUCCUGACAGAAGACUUGCCAAAUGGGUGCGAGUUGGAAACUGGAACAUAACCGAGCGUCCUGGCUUCUUCACAACGAUAAGCGGCUUCUCCGGAAACGGAGCCUUUGUUGUCUUCAACCCAGGUGUUUAUAUUGUAACAAUAAAUUUGAUUUCACGAUGCACUGGAAUAAAGGAAUGUGACUUGGAAAUGCUUGUGGCUCUAAACGGAAGGCUUUCGUUUAGCUCUGGUCUGUAUGCCCGGCAGACUGUGUCCUCUUUAGGCGUUGACACACUGAACAUAAUCACUGUGCUUCAUUUGUUUAACUGGGAUUCACUUACAGUAGUUGUCCGCUCAGAUUCAUCAUUUGAAGUCCUCGAGGAAAGCACAUUCUCAGUUGUAAUGCAUGCCUCUGCAGGCGGUCCUCUGCUAUGCCCUGACAAUGGACCCACCCUCAUCCGACAGCUGACUCCUGCUUACCUCCGAACAAAGGUUGGCAGUUCAGUCACGUGGUCAUGUGAAGCUGUCGGAGAGAUUUCACCACUUUACCGUUGGCUUAAAGAUUACCAGGUGCUACCGAAUGCCACUUCUAACUCGUUAGCAAUCAUUAAUGGAGCUGUACAGGACAGCGGAGAAUACACCUGCGUUGCCGAGAUAUCUCCCCUAACGGUGAGCUCAAACAUCGCUCACUUGAUCGUUUAUGAUCCUCAACCAGCAUUUGAGUCACUCAACUACACGGUAUCUGUAAAUGAAAACGGACCUGCGUCACAACUGAUUCUGAACAUUUCAGUGACAGCAGAGAGCAAACAUAGCACUUAUGCAAAAGUUUUUCUCAGGAUCAUUUCAGGAAACGUAAACAACUCCUUUGUAUUGCGGCCAAACAGUACAUCAAGUUAUUUUGGAAUCUACACUACUCGUCCAUUAGACCGGGAAGAUAUAUCAACAUAUCAGCUACAUCUUGAGUCUAUGAAUGCAAAUGAGCAUGCGCCUCAAUCUGUUGCCGCUGUAAACAUUGCUGUAAGUGAUCUCAACGACAACGCACCUAUCUUCGGCCAAAAGGUAUACGAAGUUAGCCUUCUCGAGAACGCUUCCAUCGGUCAUGUGUUGCUGCAAUUGCAUGCCCGAGAUGAGGAUGUCGGUGUUAAUGCACACGUGACCUAUACAAUUCUGGCAGGGUCUGGAGCAAAGACAUUCAGCUUAAACAAGUUGUCGGGUGAAGUAACCCUCAUUGAACUACUGGAUCGUGAAACGCGACCAGCGUACUCACUUUUUGUAUCAGCCCACGAUCCUGACUACCCAGCUUUCUCUGAAGUUCUAAUAACAGUGAUUGAUGUUAACGAGUACAAACCAGUUUUCCAACCACUGAGGUACCACGUGUCAAUCUCUGAAGGGACAGUGAUAGGAACCUCAAUUCUUCAACUGACUGCCACUGAUAAGGACGCUGGGACUAACAGUCAGCUUGUGUACUCAAUUGUGGCUGGAGAUCCUCAUAGAUUGUUCUGCGUUGACGACGAUGGUAUCUUAAAAGUUGUAAAAGAUUUGGACCACGAAAUGAACUCCUCGCAUCAUCUGACAGUAGCUGUUCGCGAUAAAGGAGAAAUGCAACUAUUCGCGGAGAAACCAGCUCAAGUUUACAUUUCCGUUCGAGAUAUGAACGACAAUUCACCAAUAUUCGAGGUCUCGUCAUACGAAGAAACUAUUUCAGAAUCCACGCCCCCCGGCACGGCUGUUUUGCGUGUACAUGCUGUAGAUGCUGAUCUAUCGAAUUCCAACGGUGAGAUAGCUUUCUCCAUGAUAAAUGAAGACCAGGACUUUGAAUUCGUAGUGAACUCAACCUCAGGUAUUGUCUUCGUACGAAAAUCCCUGGACUUUGAAACGAUGCAGGUUUACCGAUUUCAGUUGGCUGUGCGGGACGUCAGCAUAGCUGACUCGCGCAUGGAUUUCACUACUAUUGUCAUUAAGGUCUCCGAUGAAAAUGACAACUUUCCAGUCUUUGAUCCUUCUCUUUACAACGUAUCAAUUUCUGAGGCAACAUCUGUUGGAAGGGAGCUGCUUAGAGUUCAAGCCACGGAUGAAGACAGCACGUCAAAUGGAGCUCUGAACUACUUUAUAAAGGCGGAAACUGAAAAUCCCAUUUUCCUAUUGGACGAAACCUCGGGAAUUCUUUUCUUGGCAAGAAACCUUGACUAUGAGAAUGUGUCACGUUAUCACUUGACCAUCGGUGUUACUGAUCAGGGAAUACCCCCUCUCAUAGCUAAACAGCCUGCUGUUGUCACUAUCGCUAUUUAUGACGAAAAUGACAAUCUACCGCAGUUUGAUUCCGAGACCUAUACUGUAGCAGUCUAUGAGAACAUUACAUCCGGGACUCCUAUUUUGACAGUUCAUGCUAAUGACAGGGAUUCCUCUUUCAACCAGAGGAUAACAUAUACCAUAGCUUCGUAUAGCGAUCCAGAGGCUAGGAACAGAUUUGAGGUUAACAGAAAUACUGGAACAAUCUUUACAAGAAGGGCGCUUGACCGAGAAGAACAAGAGGUGUAUGAGUUCACCGUGAUUGCAAGGGAUGGUGGAAAGGUGCCUCAUGAAGGUUUUGCAAAGGUGAUCGUGACCCUGAUCGAUGUCAACGAUAACAAUCCUGUGUUUGAACCCACGGCAUAUCAGUCUCCAAUCCACAUUUCAGAGGACAUGUCUAUAGCCUCAGAGCUAAUAACGUUAACCGCUGCUGACCCAGACACCAGGCUAAGAGGAGAAGUAACUUACACGAUCCUCGAUAUCGCGGGCGCAAGCGUUUCAAAUGACGAAGAGGCUUUUCACUGUAUCAACGAGUCGUACGGGACAUUUAGAAUUAAUUCAUAUACGGGAACCUUGAGAGUGGCUAGAAAGCUAGCUGCUCGGUGUGUCUAUAAUGUUACAGUGCGUGCAAUGGAUCACGGGAGUCCGCCACUGUUUAGUAUAAUUUCGUUGCUCAUUGAGACUGGGAAUGGAAAUGCAACUGCUUUAGGAAUUCCAACAAUCACUGCGAUAGUGUCACAAGAAGAUCACAAAAAAGUAAUAAUCAUAAUCUGUGUAUUUGUACUCAUCAUUGCCAUCAUCCUUACUCUGGUCAUAUGGAGAGAGGGAAGGCGUCACAUACGUAAGAGAAGGAUGAUGUUGGCUCGUGCUGUUAGAAACGAUGACGACAGCUGUUUCUCAGAUGAUAACGUGAGAUCACGCUGCAAAAUGUAUUCCAUGGAUCAUACGGCGACAUAUCUUGACCACUGCUCAACCACAACUGAGAUGCCAAGCUCGCUCCAGACCCCACGCUCUUCUGAAAUGGACACAGACAUUCUAGAAACUUUUACAUUGCCUUAUGAUGGGAAAGAAGGCUAUACUAUAUUGAAUGGAGAUACUGAAAGUUUUUGCGUGAGUAUCGAUUUUGGAAUGGAGUCUGAGGAGCCGUUUGUAUUUCCCGUCACUAUGGAAGCAGUAAAUGCCAUCGACAGAAGAGUGGCUAAGAGGAAAAAAUCGCGCGCGCGGAAACAUUUCCGUUCCACUCGUUCUUCUACAGAAUCUAAACGAUCUCAGGUAUCCCUUCCCGCUAAAUUUGGAUCUCGUAAACACUCGAAAGGCAACGGUGUUCGUGAAGUUAUAUCAGAUACUCGGCUGUAAAUUUCAUGCUCGGGAAACUUAGUUCAUCUGAAACCGCUAACUUGCGCUGAUGUGACAAGAGAUAUGUGAGCACAUUUCUUUUACAUAUUCAAA